CCCCUCAUUCUCUCCUUCCAAAAAUUUAAUAAAACAAAAGUUAAUUAAUUCCCUUGCACCUAUUGUGAAGACAAAAUGACUUUCUUCUUUAGCCUCCGUCGUGCCACCGGCCGUGGCAGCCGGAAAAACAAGAUUUCCCGGCCAGAUGAUUCCCGUGGAGAGCUCACCAUCCCCAAUUCCUUCGUGUGCCCCAUUUCCCUGGAGCUGAUGAAGGAUCCGGUCACAUUGUCCACCGGCAUCUCGUACGACCGGGAAAGCAUCGAGCGGUGGCUCGAUGCCGGGAACGUGACGUGCCCGCUGACCAACCAAGUCUUGGAGUCGCGCGACCUCAUACCGAACCACGCCAUACGAAAGACGAUCCAGGACUGGUGCGUGGAGAACACGUCCCGCGGCGUGGACCGGAUCCCCACGCCGCGGAUCCCCGUGGGCCCCUCCCAAGUCUCGGACAUCUGCUCGAGGAUCGAGGGGGCCACGCGCCGCGGGGACCACGCGAGGUGCCUCGAGCUAGUCGGGAGAGUCAGGGCUUGGAGCAGAGAGAGCGAGCGGAACAAGAAAUGCAUCCGCGGCGACGGCGGCGCCAUCGGUGUCGCGUUGGCGGCUUGUUUCGAGCUCUUCGCGGGCGGGGUGUCGGGGGAGGAGCACGUGGAGUUGUUGAGGGAUUUGAUGUCCUUGUUGUCAUGGAUGUUCCCACUAGCUGAAGAAGGUAGGACCAAGCUAGGGUCAAAAACGUCAUUGCAGUGCAUGGCGUGGCUUCUGAAGGGCGGGGAGGAAAACACAUUGUCCGUCCUCCAACAACUCAUGUGUUUGGAGGACGGCCAAUUCCUCCCCGAAGCCCUACUAGAAGCCGAUCAAGACGUCCCGAAGACCCUUCUCGACAUCGUGAAAUUACCAAUUCACCCUUCAGGAAAGUCAUCAACCACCAAAGCCGCUCUCACCAUCAUGCACCACAUGAUGACAAGGGUCAAAAGCGUCAACUCCUUCCUCGCGGAAGCCGGCUUGGUCUCCGUCCUCGUGGAACUCCUCGUGGACGGAGACAAAAGCCUCUGCGAGAAAGGGUUGGCCGUGCUGGACGCCGUUUGUUCAAGCGAGGAAGGAAGGGAGAGGGCUUGCGGUCACCCGUUGACAAUCCCAUUGUUGGUGAAGAAGACGAUGAGGGUUUCGGAGCUGGGAACGGAGCUGUGCGUCUCCGCCAUGUUGAAGCUCUGCAAGGGCGGCGGCAGUGGCGGCGAGAGGGCGGCGGCCGUGGAGGCACUGCUAGAGGUGGGGGCAUUUCAGAAGCUUUUGGUGGUGUUGCAAGUUGGGUGUGGGGAGAAAUCAAAGGAGAAAGCAACUGAGGUGUUGAAGCUGUUGAAUGGGCACAAGGAAAGGGUCAUUGAAUGCUUGGACUCCUCCUCCAACGGCUUCAAGUAUUUGAAGAGGUCAUUUUGAUCGGAAACGCACGCAAUAAAGAAACCAAUUUUGU